GGUUCCGUCAUUUUGAAGACUUCAAAAUGAAGUGCUGCGGGGUUUUCAAAGCGCCAAACCUCAAUCAGGCACACAAAAGCAGUUACGCAUUUCUCCGAUCUUUCCUUGUUUAUUAAGAGCUGUUCAGCGCUGCUGAGGUAGCACAUGUCUAACACCUCUAGGGUCGUAGCUGUGAAUAUGGCAGAUGCUAAGGUCAAACUAGAAUCUCGUCUGUGAAGAAUGACAUUUCUCAACCAACUGCUUGGCACAAAGAAUGUUAAAAUACAUCAAACCACUAAUUCAUGAAUAGGAGGCGGACAAUUUUUUUUAAAAACCUAAAAUGUUAUCUGUUAUGAUUAACCUUGAUACGAUCCAGCAGUAAUUCAUGAUUGGUAGUUUUGAACGACUAUACCCGUCCAAUAGAGAUAAUUCCAUUUUAAAAUUGAUUGUGUCACUUAUUUGUAACAGGUUGAUGGAAUUCAUAUUUUCAUGAAAAGAAUUUAGGCAAACACAUUUGUUUAAAAAAAAGUUCGAAGGCUCACACUGAUUCUGUCGACUGUAUUCCUGCAUAAUCUAAGCAUGUAAUUAUUCCAAUAUUAAACUUACUACUUCAGCCUCGAGCAAGAAACAGGUAGAGCGAUCUGCAAUUAAAUGCAACUCUGAAAAUUGUUCAUAAUAUUGCUCGAUAUCCUUACAUGAGCCUUAGGAUUAUCAAAAGGUUUAUUUAACUAGAGUAAAAGUCCCAAUUCGGAAGUAAAAGAACCCGACUUCAGCGAGGAGUUAAAUUUGCCUAAUAAAGUUGUCCUUUGUGCCGGCGAUUUCGACAUUGAACAUUUCUUCUUGUUACUGAAAUCGUUUAUAAGAAAAUCGACUUUUUUUUCUACAGGUUUAAGAAUUGUUUUAAAAAUAUAGAAUAUUCUAAAUUUCAACCCUCUGUUUUAGUAGGGGGCAUCCUCGUGUUACCCUCUUCGAGGUUAUUAAAUGCUUGAGAGAAAACAGUUAUUCGGUCUUUAAUUCUCCGGCUGGUACAUUUUUCCAGUUCAGUGGCGUGUUCCGGGCGCCGGAUGGAAACCUUUGUAGAAUUCUAGAGUUGUUCAGACAUCAAUUUCCUCUAUUCAUGCUCGUAAGGCUGUACCUUUUACUAAAGACAAUCUUGCAUACGAUUUGUAUAGUUUUCAUUACCAAUAAUGUUGCGUGUUUUGGUAUCAUAAAGCAAAGGCCCACCAAACCAUGAUACAAUGCGUGUGUGAGCGAAUUGUGUAAUCACAUGAAAAUGUAAUUAGGAAGAUGAGCCAAGUAGACACAUGACAGAAAAUCCUUGUAGAAAAUGUUCAAAUUCCCUUAAACCCUUUUGCUUUCCCUUCAACUGCUCUGUCACUUCACCUGUCGUUAAAUCCCUCGGUUUGGGUGGGAGUAUAAUCAUUUAUAUAAUGUAAGCCAAAAGCGUCCUGACAGUUGUCAAGAAAUCACGUCGACUUAAUCCCACGAGUCGAUUAUAUAUCCCAGUAAAGUGUCCUUCAGGUUUUAAAAAUGAUAUGGUGAUGGGCAGCCGAUGAUGUUAGGACAAAUGUGUUGGGUCUCUGGAAUAUAAUGGCCCUGAAAAGUUACUUUUAAAGUCGAGCUUGACGUGAAUUUAAUGUACAACAAUUAUGACGGCGAUCCAAAUCUCUAGAAAGAACUUGGAGUGGUAUUGAUACAGGAUCACCAGCACCGUUAACGUAUUUAGUUUCUAAAUAAAUCCCCAAAAUACUGAAUCCUUUUUGUGCGUCGAAUUUUGAUUCUUAUAUAAUUUAGUCAUUACUACGGUCUUUUAACUGUUUUUCAUCAUCUUAGAAGUAAUUUGUGACUUGCUGAGUUAUUUAACUGCGCUAAGUGUUUAUAAAUAUCACAUUUCCGCUCCAAUAGGAAAAUAAAGCUCAUAGUGAACUCAAUGCAAUUUCAAGUGCCAUUUUAGUGAUGCUUUUUUGUACCGAUAAAAACUGUCAGUGUCCACCAUCUCGGGCUCUUUCGCGCAGAAAAAUAAUUGGUCCUUUUCAAGCUGUGGUGCGGAACAUCACGAGGGAAUUCUGUUAUUCACGAGGAAUCUUUUCCUUAAAAAAAAAGUCACUUUCAUUGACUGCAAAUCAUCCUGAUUUUCAGAAGGGAAGAAAGCAGUACAUUGAUUGAACCAAAAAUAUUCAGUGGAAGACAAUCAAUUGUUCAGCUCUUUACAUUUUCUAAUGGAAAAUCUGAUCUGAAUCAACUUCGUGCAUUUUUACAUUUUGCAUGUUUUUUUUUUAAAAAGCUAUAAAUCGGUAACUUGUUCACAUCAGUGAUACUUUGCAAUACGGCUUUGACAGUUUAAGUAGAAAUUGGACAUUCUUUCAAACCGGACGAACGCCUUCAAAUUAGACCAAUGAUUUGCGAGACAUAAUUAAGUACAUACUUUGUAAUUCGCUAUUGAUAAAGAAUGCUUGUAACUUUUAUGAAUUGCUUUUAGAGAUGCAAGUUCCAAUCCACCGUGAAAGCGGUAUCAACAAUACAACUCCUAAGUAGCCGUCUUGAGGAUGUAUGAGGUAUAACAAGUUUAUUCCCAGUGCUUUUCCCAGGUUAUUAGAAAGGAAAUGAACCGAGUCUACUUGUAAAAAAAAGUGUACUUAGUGCUUUACAAUUAAACAUCCAUUUUGUAAGUUCACAGUUAACUUAGAGAACAUUGAUAUUUUAAAUACUAUGUGCUGAAAGCGUGAUUCAUUAAUAUCAGAUUUUUCGCUCAAAAUCUCAUAGGAUUUUUUAAAUGCCAUGAUAACUUCCGGAAGUGAGAAUUUAAAAAUCAUAAUUGUUUUCCAACACGGCAAAAUCAUCCUGUUGGUGUUGGUGUUCGGUUAUAUUAUUGCGCACUCAAAAAUAAAGAUUGUUGUAAAGCUCCCAAGACUAUUAUACCCCAAAGACACCAUCAGCUUUAUGCAAGUCUUAAAUAUUUCAACGACGACCUUCUGAGAUACACAUUAGCUAAUGUGAUAUGUACAGUUGAAGUAACUGUAUGCCAGUACAAAAAUAUUGUUUGAACAUCGGAUCACAAAAAGAGCAUGCUUGUUAAAUUGUUGAAUUACGAGAGCACCGCUCUUCAAAUAAAGACUAUUACCCUAUUGAUAGUUGAACACUUCAUUUUUUCCCCCUGUAACUGAUUUGUCAAACUUCAGGUUUUUCUGCUAUCCGACCAUUAAAUAAUCAGUAUUUCUGUAACGCGGAUGUGGAAAAAUAAACUCAAACAAUUUAUUGGACCCUUAUUUUUUCCAGUUUAGCCCAGUUGUAUCCGUCGACUCUUCCGAGCUGGAACAUUGUCCAAAAACAGAGGGAGGGAAGGUUGCUUGUUAGUAACACGCAGACUGUCUUUCUAAAAUGAGAUCAUCUUGCAAUUUGCCAUCAUUGCCAUUAGGACUCAGGUGAUUAUACUAAUUAAUGUCUGUCUAAUUAAAUUACUGUCAGCAGUUAACCAAUAGCAAGGGCCGUUUCAUUAGCUGUGCAACCGGGAAGAUCAAAAGUGAGUCCUUCCUUACUAUUGCAAAGUGUCAAUUGGCCAAUCGCUUUUCGGCUGGGGGGGAGAAGGUAAAAAAAUCUAGUACCAGCCUUUGUGAGAGAGCUUAAAGAAUUGCUUUCAAACGGGUUGGGUUUUUGCAUCUGCUGUUGAAGGUUUCUAUAGGGUGAGGUGCUUACUUAUUAAGCUAUGCAGUUGGAGCACUGCUUAUCUUCAUCUAUAAUGCUCCCCAAGAAAUUUCUUAAUGUGAACAGCACUUAUCCCAACAGUGAGCUUGCUUUACAUGAUCCUAUCAUCUCGGCCAGUGACAACCUCGAAAGAAGUUCACCUCUGAAAAAAAUUACCAGGGGGAUGACGAAUCAAUCAGAGACAGAUAAUUUUCCUGACUCCAAGGACGCGUCGGGGGACGUCCAGAGAAGCAAGCUCUCUCCUGUUUUGGACGGGGUCUCUGAAAUUCGUCAUAAUUUCGAUGGAUCAGCGGCAGACAGAUAUCUCCUGUCACAAUCGAGUCAACCACAGCAACCGACUGCUACUCCCAGUGCUAUGUUUCCUUACACUGGCCAGCAUGGACCAACACAUCCCGCUUUUUCUAUUAGCAGUCCGAGCAGGUAUAUGGCUCACCAUCCUGUGAUCACGAAUGGAGCCUACAAUAGUAUUUUGUCCAAUUCUUCGCCUCAAGGCUACCCGGCUGCUGGUUAUCCUUACCCUCAACAAUAUGGACACAGCUAUCAGGGAGGACCUUUCUAUCAAUUUUCUUCUGGUCAGCCAGGACUAGUCCCCGGCAAAGCCCAAGUGUACUUGUGUAAUAGGCCACUGUGGCUUAAAUUCCAUAGGCAUCAAACAGAAAUGAUCAUCACGAAACAAGGCAGGCGGAUGUUUCCAUUUUUGAGCUUUAACAUCUCCGGUCUGGACCCCACUGCACAUUACAAUAUCUUUGUUGAUAUUAUACUGGCCGAUCCCAAUCACUGGCGAUUCCAAGGAGGAAAAUGGGUUCCUUGUGGGAAAGCGGAUACCAAUGUGCAAGGUAAUAGGAUCUACAUGCAUCCAGAUUCCCCAAACACAGGUGCCCACUGGAUGAGACAAGAAAUUUCGUUCGGCAAAUUAAAACUGACCAAUAAUAAGGGAGCAUCAAACAAUAACGGCCAGAUGGUGGUUCUACAGUCUCUCCAUAAAUAUCAACCUCGACUACACGUAGUUGAAGUGAAUGAGGACGGAGCUGAGGAUUCGAAUCAGCCCGGCAGAGUUCAGACUUUCACCUUCCCAGAGACACAGUUCAUAGCUGUUACAGCGUAUCAAAAUACAGACAUCACACAGUUGAAAAUAGACCACAAUCCCUUUGCCAAAGGAUUUAGAGAUAACUAUGACACGAUCUACACCGGCUGCGAGGUUGACCGGCUCACGCCGUCCCCGAGUGACUCUCCCCGGUCUCAGAUCGUGCCCAGCAGCCGAUACGCCGUCACCCAGUCUUUCCUGCAGGAACAGUUUGUGAAUAACUACGCCAAGGCCCGGUUCCACCACGGCGGCCCGGGCGCUGCAGGAGGUGGAGGAGGAGCGGGAGCCGGGGGCGGCAGUGGAGGAGCUGAGCGGAGUGUCCCCCACAGCAAUGGGUUGUUGUCCCCACAGCAAGCGGAGGAACCAGCCACGCCGUCCCCGCAGCGCUGGUUCGUCACCCCGCUGCAGCAGCCGGCCAACAACCGCCUCGACUUCUCGGCUUACGAUACCGACUUCGCCGGCAACGCGAUCCUGUCGUACGGGGUAGGGGUGAAGGCGCUGCCGCUGCAGGCCAGCACCCGGCCCCUGGGCUACUACCCAGACCCGUCCGGCUGGGGCGCUCGCAGCCCGCAGUACUCGUGCAAAUCGAGCUCGGUUCUGCCCUGGGCCCGCGGAGCGUCCACUAACUCGUACCUGGAGGAGGCGGCGGCGGCGGCUGCAGCUGCGGCGGCGGCCGCCGAGGGUUUGGCACCGGCUCCCGGGCCGGGCUCAGACCGCUCGCCCUUAGCGGCCGCCGCCGAGGACACCAAACCCAAGGAGCUGGCGGACUCGGCCUGGAUCGAGGCACCGUCUUCCAUCAAGUCCAUCGACUCCGGCGACUCGGGUAUUUACGAGCAGGCCAAGAGGAGGCGCAUCUCGGCGGAUGGGCCGCCUCCUCCAGCCUCGGCCACCGAGAGCCCGUCUCCCCUGAAGAGUGAGGCGCUGACCCCAAGAGACUGCGAGAAAAACUGCGCCAAGGAGAUGGCCUUUUACGGCUUUUACUCUCACACCUAGAGCGUCCCGCGGGGCUAACACCCGCCUGGCUUCUAAAACUGAUCACCCCCCCACCCCUCGGAAAUGCCAAAAGCCAAACCUGCUGGUGCCAACAUCGAGUUUAAUUUGUUGCACAAAAGAUGCCCUUUCCUCUUCCUGGUUGUGGUGGUGGUGAUGCCUGUGACCAAUGGUAACCCCGGGCUCGGAUACACAGGCCGGUGUUUUGUUAAAACCUGUUUGUCUUUUAUUGUGAUAAAUAAUUAUAAAACUGAAGUUCAGAAGCAGUGUGUUAACCUGGACAGACCUUAAUCGCUUUUUCUCUUUCCUGAUCUUUCUCCCGUCCCUUCCCAACUUCGUGUAUUUCAAUUGAAAUUUUUGGAAUGUAAAUCGUGUCUGUACAGGAAACUUUUAUUCAGUUCCUAUUUGACCAACUUUUUGCAGUUGGAAGUAAGCCAGUUCUAUCUAAUCACAUGUACAGAUUAUUUUAAACGGUCGAUCAGUGGCAUUUUGCGUUACUUACCCUCGAAUGGCUCGGAUUAUAGACUAAGGUUUAAUGCGUUCUUUUUUAUUGUAGAAACGUAGAACUAGAGUUUUAAUUCCUGAAGUUGCUGCCACGUUAUUUAAAUGACAGAAUUCCUCUCAAAGAAAGUAUAUUAUGGUCUGUUUGCAUUAGGGAUUGGGGGGAGGGUCAUGAUGCUGUUCAGGGUCGAUAUGUAAAUUUUGUCUAUUCUGUAAAGAUAUUAUCGUGCUUGUAUAUGGGUAACACUUUCAUCCCGUUCCAGUCUGUGAAGUGACUGUCACAGAAUCUGUUUUUCUGCCAGUUUGUAUACAUUUCAUGUGCAAAAUGAAAUAAUAAAAAUAUGAAAUCUUU